GACGGCUUCGAAACCCUAAACCCCAAAGUUCAAGCAGCCGUCAAUGGAGGACUCCGAUGCUAAAACGGAAGCUCCAGCUUUCGUAUACGAUACUCUUCCUCCACUUUCUUUCUCAGAGUCGAAUCAAUCUCCACCAACUCAUGACGAAUCUCACCAAUACUCUGUUUUCCGCAAAGAGAUUUCAGAUUUCACCGUCGAUUCAACGCCGGUGGAAUCAGCUACGGUGGAUUUCUUCUCACUCGAUGUCGAAGGUGUGACGACUGAGAACGGCGUCGAACCUGUAACACCAGUGGUUGUGGCGUCGUCGAAGAAGAAGAGUAAGAAGAGGAAGAAAGAUGAAGAACCCAGAUUGGAGAGUAAUUGGUUUAGUGAGAAUAGUUUCUCUAAGAUCCCAAUGCUUCAAUUGCAUAAAGAAAUAGUAGAUUUCUGUGAUUUUCUGUUACCAACACAAGCAGAGAAAGCUGAGCGUGAUGCAGCAGUGGAGAGUGUUUCAAGUGUUAUUAAGUAUAUCUGGCCGAGUUGCAAGGUUGAGGUUUUUGGGUCAUACAAGACAGGACUUUAUCUUCCAACAAGUGAUAUAGAUGUGGUGAUUUUAGAAUCAGGUCUCACAAAUCCACAACUAGGUCUACGCGCACUCUCCAGGGCAUUGUCACAAAGGGGAAUUGCGAAGAAUCUUGUGGUGAUUGCUAAGGCUCGUGUACCAAUUAUCAAGUUUGUUGAGAAGAAAAGCAACAUUGCGUUUGAUCUAAGUUUUGAUAUGGAGAAUGGACCAAAGGCAGCUGAGUUUAUACAGGAUGCAGUAUCAAAGUUGCCUCCUCUACGACCAUUAUGUCUAAUUCUGAAAGUAUUUCUACAACAGAGAGAACUUAAUGAGGUGUACAGUGGUGGAAUUGGUUCAUAUGCACUUCUUGCAAUGCUGAUUGCAUUUCUCAAGUACCUCAAGGAUGGUCGAAGCGCACCUGAGCAUAACUUGGGAGUUCUAUUGGUUAAAUUCUUUGAUUUUUACGGGAGAAAAUUAAACACCGCAGAUGUCGGUGUAUCUUGCAAAACGGGAGGUUCAUUCUUUUCAAAGUACGACAAAGGUUUCCUGAACAGAGCCCGGCCAGGUCUCAUCUCUAUCGAAGAUCCACAGACACCAGAGAAUGACAUUGGGAAGAGCUCAUUCAACUACUUUCAGAUUCGAUCAGCCUUUGCAAUGGCCUUGUCUACUCUAACAAACACAAAAGCGAUCCUAUCUUUAGGACCAAACAGAAGCAUUCUCGGCACAAUCAUCAGACCAGACCGGAUCCUAUCAGAACGCAAAGGAGGGAAAAACGGGGACGUCACUUUCAACAGCCUUCUUCCCGGAGCAGGAGAGCCAUUACCAAUGGCAAGCAACAGCAAAACCAACGGCGGGCUUUUCUGCAACUGGGAACUCGAAGAAGACGAAGAAGGUUCAUUUCCAAGAGGGAGUACUACAAACGGAGACAUUACUCCGGUUGUAGAUACUCCUGGAUCUUACUACGUUCUCAUGGAAGGAAAUUUCUUUAGGUUUGAUGCUCAACGAGCACAUGGUGAUGGAUGGUUAGAUGUGCAAAAAUCAUCUUCUCUUUCCAUUAUUCAGCAGCAAAAUUGUCCUGUAUGCAAGUCUAACAUCUCCAUUGGUUCGUUGGUUCCUCUUUAUGGAAGAGGCAUGACGUCUUCAUCUUCUUCAGAAGCUACGAUUAUACCUCAAAGACCUGCUUCAUCCCCUUUGAACAAUCUGAUUAGUUCAGCUUCGUCUCUCAACCCGAGCUUGCAACAUCACCAUCAAGCUCAGUCUCCUCGUCAUUACGGUGGCUUUACUGCUACGGAAUCAUCGACUGAUCUUGCAAAUGCGGUUAUGAUGAGUUUCUUGUACCCGGUUAUCGGAAUGUUUGGGGACAUGGUGCACACGAGGAUAUUUGGAACGUUUACGAACACUUUGGCUCAUCCUUACCAAAACACGCGAUAUAUCAACGGGAACAACAACCAGAGGAUGGUGCAGAUAGAGAAGUCUCUACAUCGGGUAUCAAUCUUCUUACUUUGCUGCAUUCUCCUCUGUCUCUUUUUGUUCUGAGUCACAACCCUUGUUUAUUCUUCUUUACAGUCUGUGAUGUACAUAUCUUUACUUGCUCCAGAGUUGUAUAAGCCAUUGUGUGUCUCUGUUGUAUUUGCCUAAACUAUUCAUACAUUUAUACAUAGUUGUGCAUAUAUCUCCUCGGCUUGAACUAUAUGUAUGCUCCAGAAACAGAUGAUGAUAUAUAUGAAUGUAAGUCCUUUUUCAAGUUGUGUCUUAGGAAAUACAUGGUAACCACCAAACACGGUCUCAAUAUACAUCAAAAGGAUGU